UAAAGCCUCUGGGUGGCACCCUCCUCCGUGAGCCCUCACCACAAGAUGGGGCCACGGCCCCUCAGGGCCCCCCACCUCAAAGGCCAGAAAGGAAUUGGGGAUCAGAGGGGUCUCUCGCUGAUCUUUUGGGCCAGGUCUUCUCACCCGAAUCCCCUGGGCUAAAGGAGCACAUCGUGGAGGGGGGGCACUCCGGCUCUCCCCACACCAGACCAGCUGUUGCCGCCCAAAGGGGCUCUUUUCCCAGGAAGGCAGCAGGCUGAACCCUCAGGGGAAGCAAGCGCUCCCGAGCAGCAGCAGCAGGACCGUCCCCGCGAUGGUGGGCGCUGCUUCGGCGGGGGGGGGGGCGGCUCCCGGGAUGCGCGAAAUGCCGCUCCUUGCAGGCCAGUUUUGCCUCCUCCGCCUCGUCCGCCGUGGGUCGCUAGCGGGGCUGAGCAGACGGGGCAGAGCCUGGUCGGGCUCACAGCAUCGGCGGGAUGCGAAGGCUGCCUGAGCGCGGAGAAGUUGCGAGGAGGGUCCGCGAGGCUCGCCCAGAUCCCCCUCCAGCUCCUCUCCCCGCCGCCGCCAAGUUGACCUUUAACGUCUGGAUUCGCUCCCCCUCCCCACCUCGGAGCCUCCCCGUCUCCGCAGCCCCUACAGGGGCCCCGGCAGGCGGGAGCGGCGGGGCGCCCGGGGGAGCCGGCAGCGAGCGGGUUAAGCGGCUCCCCGCCCCGAGAGGCUGGCUCCGCGGAAGGCGCCGCGCCGAGAAAGUCUCCGGGCAACCGCCGCCGAUCACUCCGGGUUGAGCCGGGCGGCGAGCGGAGGUCCUGAUGGAAGCCGGGCAAGAUGCCUCGCCGGCGGCGUGAGCAGCUGUCCCGCGCCCCCUGCGCAGCGGCGCCGCUCGGGAGACGCCCCCCGACCCCGCCGGUGGAGGAGGCGGCGGCGGCGGCGGCGGCGGCGGCGGCAACCCUCCCGGGGAAGUCUCAACCGUUGCUUCUUUCCUUGAUCAGUUUCCACCCGCUGCUUCUUGUGGGAUCUGUCCUUCUCCAAGGACCCCUUUUCCCGGUUGGUGGAGAUUUCAAGUCCACUAACGUCUCGUCCAAAUGCAUUAAAGUACCUGCACCACAUCUGAGCGACCUGCCUGCACACGGCCAUUUUGUUCCUUCUUUGCUGUCAACAGGAUGAAGCUGUAUUUACUCACCUCCAAAAACAUCCCUGGUGAAGGAAACGUGGUUGGAGGCAGGGGAGGACUGGUCUGAAAAGCCAGGAAAGGCCACUGGGCGGUAGCCCAACCCCCGAGAUCGGACAGACGGCAGCCAAAGGUUAUCAGCACCGUUUAGAGGGCAAUGAUGGAGCCCCUUCCUCGUGGCAGCUUCAGGAACUUCCUUUUGGCGGCCCACCUGGUCCUGCGGAUACUUCACCUCCAGCCACGCAAACUUUGCUGCUGAGCUGGGCUCCAGGAUGUGCAACGCGAGCCAAGCCAGCUGGAGCUGCCUUGUGGACUCCAGGGUAGACCACCUCUUCCCGCCCACCCUGUACAUCAUCGUCAUCACGGUGGGGCUGCCCACCAACUGCAUGGCGCUCUGGGCAGCCUACCUGCAGGUCAGGCAGAAGAACGAGCUGGGCGUCUACCUGAUGAACCUGUCCAUUGCGGACCUGCUCUACAUUGCCACGCUGCCCCUCUGGAUCGACUACUUCCUCCACUAUGACAACUGGAUCCAUGGGCAGGAAUCCUGCAAGCUGUUUGGGUUCAUCUUCUACACCAACAUCUACAUCAGCAUUGCCUUCCUCUGCUGCAUCUCGGUGGACCGCUACCUGGCCGUGGCACACCCCCUGCGCUUUGCCAAGUUCCGGAGGGUCAAGACCGCGGUGACCGUCAGCCUGGUGGUGUGGACCAUCGAGAUUGGGGCCAACUCAGCCCCGUUGUUUCACAACGAGCUCUUCCACGAUCGCUACAACCACACCUUCUGCUUCGAGAAGUACCCCAUGGAGGAGUGGGUGGCCUGGAUGAACCUCUACCGGGUCUUCAUCGGCUUCCUCUUUCCCUGGAUGCUGAUGCUCUGCUCCUACCAGGGGAUCCUGAGAGCCGUGCGCGGCAACGUCUCCACCGAGAAGCAGGAGAAGGCGAAGAUCAAGCGCCUCUCGCUCAGCCUGAUCGCCAUCCUCCUCUUCUGCUUCGCCCCCUACCACCUCAUCCUGCUCUCACGCAGCACCGUCUACCUGAGCAGGCCAUGCGACUGCAGCUUUGAGGAGAAGAUGUUUGUGGCUUACCACACUUCGCUGGCUUUCACCAGCCUGAACUGUGUGGCGGAUCCCAUCCUCUACUGCUUUGCCAACGAAGGUGCCCGAAGCGAUGUGGCCAAGGCCCUCUCCACCUUGGUGCGCUUCCUCACCAGCUCCAAGCCCCAGGAGAUGGCCAGUGCCUCGCUCACCCUCGACACCCCUCUUUCCACCAAGAAGAGCAUCUUCUGCCGGCAGCCCUUGACCUUCCCACUGCCGCCCUCCUCGCAGGCUGGCGGGUUGGGGAUGGGAGACGAAGAUCUCCCUAUGAAAAUCCUGACUUUUAAGCAGUGAAUGUUCCUGGAGAAGCACCAGGUGCUCUGCCACGCAGCAUCUUGAGGAUGCAAAGAACGGAGUCUUGAAGAGCCAGUAAUAAUAUUACAACAAUUUAAAAACAG